GAUGCCUAAUCGUGACGAAAACGUCGCGACGCCGGCGUUCACAGCAACGUGACCUAAAACUGAUCUCCAAAAAUACCCCAGACGCGGUUGAAGCGUUAGCCGCUUCGCAUCUACAGAACGACAAUACCAAUGACAACAAUGAAGCCGUUGAAAAUACUAAUAUCCUUGCUGCUUUAUCAAAUAUUAGGAAUAGACGCUAUGACCACAAACAGCUUUCCCAUUGGUGGUUUGUUCACCAGUGAAUCGAAUGAGAUUUCGAAAAAGGCCUUUGAGAUUAUUUCGCAAACGAGCGGGACCAAAGCUAUAUAUGGCCGAACAAUGACUUCAGUGGCUGAAGAUAGUUAUUCUAUUGCUUUAAACAUGUGCCCGCUAACAUCUGGCAACAAAGGUAUUGUUGCCCUGAUUGAUUCAAGACCAUCCAAUGGUAUUUGCGACACCACUUGUCUACUAUGCAACAGAUUAAAUAUCACACAUCUGGCGCUAGGAUGGCAACCAAUUGAGAAAAUUGAGCAAAAUCUUUUCACGUUUUCAUAUCACCCUCCGCCCGGUGUAAUAUCGAAAGCAUUCGCGAGGCUAAUCAAGGAUUUGCAAUGGGACAAAUUCACAAUAUUAUAUGAGGACGACAGCAGUUUUAUCCGCCUGCAAGAGAUAAUAAAUACUUGGCCACAAGAUCGCCCGCCAAUCAUAUUUAGAAAAUUAGAUCCUAUAGAAGAUAAUAAAGAGAUUUUGAAGCAUGUUAUAAAAGUACUUCACAUGAGCUAUUAUGUAUUGGAUUGUAAGAUUGAGCACGUCAAUAAAUAUAUGGACCAAAUAAUUGAAGUGGAGAAUUCCACAGAAUAUUUGAGUUUCAUAUUAACAAAUUUAGAUUCGUAUAAAAUUGAUCUGUCGGAAGUUCCUGAGCUAAGAGCUAAUGUAUCAACAUUAUAUUUAACUACUGCUAGCGAAGACAGAUGGAAAGAGAUUAAAAUAAACCCAGAGAAGGACCCAACUACGUUAGAAACUGCUUUACUCGUAGAUGCACUGAGACAUGUAGAAACAGCCAUAAGAAGUAUGCAGCAGGAAAGUGAAGGUGGUACACGGUACUACUCAGCAGUUUCACUAGAAGAACCACCAGCUUUGUGUUUUAAAGACAAUAGAGCUGAUUAUGUGCCGUGGUCGCUAGGAGAUAACCUGAGACAGGCAUUACGAAAUACUAUUCUUCGGGAAGGCUUCACAGGAGACAUAGAAUUUGAUGAUGAAGGAAAACGGACCAAUUUUGUUUUACAAUACUCGAAGUUGAACCAAGACAUGAAUUUUAUAAACGUCGGCUUCUGGGAUUCAAAAACUGACCUAAUUACUAAAAUAAAUGAGAACGUUUCGGACCGCUCUUCUGCCCUGAAAUCCAACGUUAUAAAGAUAGUAACGCGACUUGGCAAACCCUACUAUUUUGAGAAUCCCAAUGGUACAGAAGGUUAUCGCGGAUACGCGAUAGAUCUCGUUGAUGCUAUUUUCAAAGAAAUUAACCGUAAAAAGGGUAUCAAAUUAGAAUAUGAGUUCUAUAGAGCGCCUCAUGACGCAUAUGGAAAGCAAAUUGAGGGAACGUCUAAAUGGAAUGGAAUUCUUGGUGAAUUGAUUGAACAUCGAGCUCAAUUGGGAAUUUGUGAUUUAACAGUAACCUCUGAAAGGAAUGCUGUGGUGGAUUUCUCGAUACCGUUCAUGACUCUGGGCAUUAGCAUGCUGUUCAGAGAGCCGCCCCCGGAGGACCCUAACAAGUUUUCCUUCAUCAAACCUCUGGCUUUCGAUGUAUGGUUGUACCUAGCGACGACUUAUAUCAUAGUUUCAUUCGUGCUGCUGUUGUGUGCCAGAAUGAGUCAAGAUGAUUGGGUGAACCCCCACCCUUGUAAUAGAAACCCGAAAAAAUUACAGAAUAUUUGGAGUCUGUAUAACUGUAUGUGGCUCACUAUGGGAUCUAUUAUGACACAAGGAUGCGACAUAUUGCCCCGUGGAGUGGGUUCCCGCUGGAUGGCAGGCGUGUGGUGGUUUUUCGCCAUGAUCAUCACAGCCUCUUACACGGCCAACAUGUCCACCUUUAUCAGUAACGACCGUCGCAGCAAUGACAUCUCCAACGUCAAGACUCUGUCAGAACAGAACAGAGUUUCCUACGGUGCCGUGUAUAAUUCCUCUACCUACUACUUUUUCAAGAAUUCUAAUGAUUCUGUCUAUCAGAAAAUUUGGUCAGUGAUGAAUUCAGCGAAGCCAUCUGUCUUCAUGAACAGCAACGACGAGGGCAAAGAGAGAGUGUUCCGCAGUGAAAGCUGUAACUAUGCAUUCUUUAUGGAGUCCACUGCCAUAGAGUACUACAUACAGAGGAACUGCGCCUUGAAGAUGGUAGGCUCGAAGUUAGACUCCAAGGAGUACGCAAUUGCUAUGCCAAAAAAUUAUCCACGCAAAGAAUGGAUUGAUAACGCCAUCUUAUCAUUGCAAGAGCUUGGAGAGUUGACUGCCUUGGAGAAAAAGUGGUGGGAAGAUGAAGAUAAUGAACAGCAUUGCAAGGACCGGCCCAAGAGCGACGAUGAUGGCGGUUCCCUCCAAAUGAAGAGUACCAGCGGUAUCUUCAUGGUGCUGGGCCUGGGUGGAAUCUUAGGGCUCUUUGUCGCCAUCAUCGACUUCCUCAUGCACGCUCGACAGAUCGCUGUUAAGGAGAAUGUGACAUUCAAAGAAGCCUUGAAGAGCGAGUGGAACGCUUCCUGUGACCCUCGGGUGCUACACAAGCCCGCCGCCCCGCCCCGCUCCGGCCCCCCCUCGAGCGAGAGCGGCACCCCAUCUCCCCUGCGGCAACGAUCGCAGUCCAGAGCCGUGGGAAAUUAAAAGACAGACAAACCCGAUUGCAAGAAAAAAGUUUCUUACCUUCUGCUCAAUGGCGACUUCCCGGACAUGCCACAUGAACUCCAGGAAGCCCAUAGCAGCCGCGAUGCCGCAGCCGAUUCCGAGGACCA